CAGGACCCUGAUCACGCCCGCUAACCAAGCCGGCAGCCUAUAACCUCCGCGAGUUUCCACCCAUUCCUCCACAGUUGAUUCUUUUGCAAGGUAUUGUCAUGCAAAUAAAGGACGCGUAAAAUAUUCCCCCGGAGCGCAGCGCGGAGCAGAGACUCUCACGGACCGCACGGAGGACACAUCCCGGACCACACGGUGGAUUUUUCUUUAAACUCUCUUUCGCCGCUGUCCAGCCGUCCAUUUGUCACAGGCACCCUGGCCACAUGAGCAGCCGCACUUGCAGGGACGCGUAACCGGGAAACAAGUCGGGGGAUCCUGCGUCGGUCCAGCAGCGAGGAGGCUGCCCUGUGGAGACAAAACUUAACCUGGAGGUGUCUCUCCUCUCCAUCCCCUGCCUACCUGCUGCUGUUAAUGAGAGAUCCAGAGGGGGGGAGGGGGGGACCUUGUACAUCCAGAGGGUCGCUUGAACGCACCGCUUUAUGUUUUUAGGGAUUUUAGGAUCUCUCGUUAACUUUUUAUUGCACACUAAGUGUGUUCUUCCUCUUCUGUCCUUUUUUGGGAUAUAUAUAUAUAUAUAACUCCUUUUUCUGUUUGAGUGCCUUAAUAAGUGGUCAUAACCCACCUGUGGCAUUGAGCAGAGACACUCGACAGGGGAAGACGAUUAUUAUCAGCUUUAGGGCGCAGGCAGGAUUACUUUGUCCUAUACCUUCCACCCGAGCUGCAAUUAUGAGCCAGGCGGACGUGUCGACGUGUUCUGCGCCGCAGAGGGUUUUCCAAGAAGCGGUGAAGAAAGGCAACACCAAGGAGCUGCACUCGUUGCUGCAGAACAUGACAAACUGCGAAUUCAACGUCAACUCCUUCGGCCCAGAGGGACAGACGGCGCUCCACCAGUCCGUCAUUGACGGAAACCUGGAGCUGGUAAAACUGCUGGUGAAAUUUGGCGCAGAUAUCCGACUGGCCAACAGGGAAGGGUGGAGCGCUUUACACAUCGCCGCCUUCGGGGGCCACCAGGACAUUGUGUUAUACCUCAUCACCAAGGCCAAGUACUCGUCUGGCGCCCGGUGAUCUGUCUCUGCUGUCAGGUAAAAUCCAAAACGAGUGGAGAGUGAAACGGCGACACGAAAAGAAAGCCAGGCUCUUGUGAAACAGAACAGUAAUUUAUAGCUACACAGUUGUGCCAAAUUUAAGGAAUUAAAAAAAAACUUUGCAAGCAUCACCACCACCAACAACCACUGCAAAGCAACCAAACGCGGCGCUCUUUGCGCUCUCGAAUCCAAAACGCGGCGCCGCUUUUACGCAGCGCUACUCCGCGAAAUUUUUAAAUAAAAUAAAUAAAACGAAACAGCCACGCCGGCCAGUUUUGUCGGUACUGAAGUGUUCCCCUUAAGAGUGUGUGUGUGUGUGUGUGUGUGUGUUUGUGUGUUAACUCUGAUCGUGCGCUCCACUCCAGAGGGAGCCGUUCCGUGUGUAUGUGUGUGUGCGCAUUUGGUGUCCAGCGCGCAGACGCCCCCCCCCCCCCCCCACCCCACCCCACAGUCUCCUCUUCCUCAGCAGGGGCGCAGAUUCAACCUGUCAUCUUUUUAUUUUAUUUUUUGUCUUUUAAACUUGUUUUAUGUCAAACACGCACUUGAUGCUGCACACUGCUGCAUGCUGGAUUAUCCGAAAGGGAAAACGUGUGAACGCGAGAAGAGGAGUUGCUCUCUGCUGCCUUCCCAGAGGUCUGUUUUCGUUCAUAAAUUGAUUUUUUUUUUAAUUCACAGAGCAGCAUUAUAUCUGACUGUCUUAUCAGAUCGUUGUGUAACUUCAUGGUUGAAGUACUGUAAACUAUAGCUUUACUUUGUUGUUUGAGAAGAGACAGUAGCUGAAAUCUUGCCAGGCUGGCGUCCAGUUUUUGCAGGCCAGUGCGACCACUUUGGUCACAGUUUCUUUUUUCUUUUUCCCCAUCAAACCUGCUGCUUUCGCUUUGUGCAUAAAAGAAAAUUUGGAAUUCACUUUAUAAUCUCCUUUCAGUAUUUUUUAACAUCCUGGUCAUCACUGUGAAAGCAGGCUGGUUUUUUUUUUGUUUUUUUUUUUAUUAUGAAGGUACAUUAAGAAGAUGCAUUUUGAAUAUGUUGUGGUUCUUCUAAAAAAAUCUAUGAGAAUAUAGGGUGAUUUAAGCUGCUUCAGACUUGUAGUAUAAACUGUCCCGUGUGGAGGUAGCCCCUCUGCCCCCCCCAAUCUCUGUAUUUGCACGUCCUUGUUUUUCAUCCUUCUAAAGGACUUUUCCCCCCUUCUGAUAAAAGACUGACAGCUACCUCGACUAUAAAGUAUUCUCAUCUUUUUUUUUUAAGUCUACAUUUUCAUAAUGUUAUUUUUGGUCAUCCUCUGUCAGACAGACAGACUUCAUAGAAGAUUCCUGCAUCCAUGACAUGUCCUUAAUCCUCAUCCUGCACAGAUCCUCGGUCGGGACAGUUUAUUUUACACUACAACCAAACCACUUCAAGCGUCAUUGUGGCUAUGUUCACAUCAUGGUCAGAAGAUUUUUUUUAUGUGAUCGCAGAUGUGAUUCAUACCUGAUAUCUGGCAGUGUGACUCCUGUGAGAAAAGUCAUUUAAAAAGGUGAUACAAAAAAGAAGAUGACAAAAAUCUGAUUUGGGUCACUUCAUUUGUUAAUGUGAACAUAACUUUCUACUUUUCUGCAUGGGAGGGGUCUACCAUGCUCACAUUACAGACCUAAGUGACCUGAAUCUGAUAUGAUUCUCCCCCUCUCACACGCUUUUUUUUUUUUUUUUUUUUUUGAGUGUGUGAGAUGUGUGAAUAUGAUCACUAUGACUUUGUUGCAUCAUACUGGAACCGCUUGCACAUGUGGUUCAAAAUCUGUCAUGUGGCGAUGUGAGUCCAGCGAGAGCAGUCAGAUCAGAAACUAAACGCUUGUGAUGGGUUUUGAUCAGGGCUGCCUAGUUUAAGGCCCAAAAUCACCUUGCUUUAUAACCCCCCUCUGUAUUUUAAUUGAAAAGCUCUCUGCAAAUUAAUAAACUGCUGUUAAGCGGAUUAAACAGCUGGGUUUUAUUUUUAUUAUUUUUUUAUAAAAAAAUAGUGUUAAUUUUCUAUGAAAUAUAAUAUGUGUAAUUAUAUGUAUGUAAUUCACAUAUUUAUUUUUGACCCAUGGGCCUUCAUCCAUAUUAAUUUAUCGCACCUCUUGUUUACACAAAGAAAUAUCUGUCAAGAAAAAAAACAAAGAAAGAAAGACAGAAAAUCACAUACAACAAUGUGAGUAUACCUUUUCAGUAAGUAAGACCCUUUGGCUGCUCCCUUGUUUUUGCUCAGGGUCGCCACAGCAGAUGCAAGGUGGAUCUGCAUGUUUUGGCACAAGUUUUACACCAGAUUCCCCUGCUGAUGCAACUCCAUAUUACACGGAGAAAUGUGGUAGGGGUGGGGUUUGAACCGGGAACCUUCUGAACUGAAACCAUGCACACCAACCACAUGGUUUCAGUGUGGACCUUUUUACCUUUCUUUAAAGAAAAAUGGUUACAGCCACAUCCACACUGCCAAGUGAAACGAUCUGCAUCAGACUUUCUUGAGAUUUUUUUUAAUUUUAUUUUAUUUAUUUAUUUUUUGUCUUGAUUGCUCACCUUAAUGCUUGUCAUUUUGUUUAAUCUGAUCAUUAUUGCUGUAGAAAAAUUGCAAGGAUCAGGUAUGAAUCAGAUCUCAAUCGCAACUUUCAGUUUGACCAAUUUGGGCCAUUAUUUGUCUCCUAAAUGAAACACACACAAAAAUUUUGGCAUGUUGAAUAACAGAACAGACCACAUCUGUCACAUACAAGUAAAAAAAAAAAAAAAAAAAAAAAAAAAUCAGGUUCGUCUUGCUUCAGCCAGUAAUGUGAACAUAGCCUCUCUGCGUUUGUUGCAUGCUUUGUGGUCGUUUUUGUUUCAAGGUUUCUCACCUUUCAGUCGUACAAAGGUGAAAUAUUAUAUGGCAUGACUUAUAAAUGCAGGGAGUUUUAUUGCACAAAAUGUGGAGCCUUGUGCGCCCCCGUUGUUUGGAUGGGGUAACUGCAGGAGCCAAGGCUAUGGAAUAGUUACGACUACUGAGCAGGAGGACCCUCUUACUGUUGGACAAUGAAGAUUCAAAAGAAAAAGAAAAAAAAAGCACGCAACUAUUGCAAGAUGUCACAGAAAAGGAAAAAAAAAGGAAUUUGGUUAUAAAAUGCCUGCUUUCAUUAUGGAAAAAGUCGUGGCACCCUAACAUUUGUAUCAAUGCUGCUUGUAUGUUCCUUUUGUUGGUAUUAUUAUUAUUGUUAUUAUUUCAUAAAAAAAAAAAAAAAAAUCAAAAGCUGUUGCUGAACUGACCAACAGUUUAAAACUUCACAGCAGCACCAGUUUGCUUCUGGAGAAGGUGUGCAUGCUGGAGAGGGUGUGUGUGAUUUGGAAGUAAAAUGUGCAUGUGUGAGUGUGUGUGUCUGCUUCUCAUGGGGCCCAGAGUUGCUGCUGGAAUCAGUCUUUCAAACCUGGAACAACCACAAACACCCGAAGCUCCAGAUCCACUACAGAUUUUUGAUCAGGCCACAAAUGAAAUAUGCAUCACACAUCUUAAACUUGAUGGUUUGUUUGUUUGUUUGUUUCCUGUUUUUCUUUGAAUAUUGCACUGAUGACUGUUAUUGAAAAGUUGGCUUUUAAGUGUCAACAUUUAAAAAAAAAUUCUGGAUAGAAAAGAAACAAACAAAAAAAAAACAAUAAAAUGCUAUUGUAUAAAUAUAUUCUGCAGGCGAAAAUGUCCUAAUGUGUGUUACUUUGUGGAAAAACAUGUUUUUUAAAAAAAACAAAGAUGCAUGUAUUUCUGUGACUGGGUGUAUGUAUAUAUACAUAUGGAUAUAUAUAUAGCUACACUGAUGAUAAGUUGAAAAUGGGGCACUUUCUUUUCUGAAGUGCUGUCUUCCUUUUUUUUCUUCAAGAGGGGAAUAUUACAUUUGAUGGUAAGAUCAUUGUAACGUGAUUUUAAAAAAAUUGCACGGUUGUGUGGUUGUUUGGCUUUCUGGGGUCAUAACAUUUAUGACGUAUAAGGAGCCAACUGAUGGACAUGAGUGAGAGGAAUAAAAAUAAAUAAAUAAAAAAAUAAUAAUUAAAAAAAUGCUGUUUUUUUUUUAUUUUACCAAGUUAUGUUUCUAAUCUUGCUUCAUUGCAAGCAACAAGAAACAGCAGAUUUUUUUCCAUAAAUGAUGCAGAUGUUCCAUCAUGUUUGAUUUAUUAUUUUUGUUUUGUUCGUAUUCUUUUAUUUUUGAACGUUUGUAACACUGUGAUGAUGAUGUGACGUCAUAUGGAAAUGAGUGCUGUAUUAUUUUUGUACGUUUGUGUACAAGCCAGUAAAGAAAAUCAUUAAAGGCCGAUUCUCUGUGUUUGCA